AUGGAGAGAUCAUCCUCAAUGAAACAAUGGAAGAAAGGUCCAGCUCGUGGCAAAGGCGGUCCACAAAACGCUCUUUGUCGAUACCGUGGAGUUCGGCAAAGAACAUGGGGAAAGUGGGUGGCUGAGAUCAGAGAGCCCAAGAAGAGGACAAGACUCUGGCUUGGUUCUUUUGCUACUGCUGAAGAAGCAGCCAUGGCUUAUGAUGAAUCUGCGCUGAAACUAUAUGGUCAAGAAGCUUAUCUCAACUUACCUCAUCAUCAGCAAAGGAAACAAGGGCCUCCUGUGAACAACACUCAGAGGUUUAAAUGGGUGCCUUCAAAGAAGUUUAUCUCCAUGUUUCCUUCACGUAGUGGCAUGCUUAACGUGAAUGCUCAGCCUAGUCUUCAAAUUACCCAGCAAAGACUAGAUGAGCUGAGGAAAAACGGACUUCUUGAGACAUAA